UUGUUUUUUUUAUUACCACACCGGUCAAUCUGAUUAACAGAUUGAUUGAGUUUUGCACAAAAACAAACAAGCAUCGAUAAAACAGACAGAACGGAAAAACGAUAAUAAAAAUAUUUCGUUUGGUCUUUUUUCUCAUAUAAAAACUUUGAAAUUUUAUCCACAAAAAUUUGUUCGAAUAACGAUUGAAUUUUCAACCAAACAAACCAAAAAUGACCGAUCAUAAUUUUGAUGAAUUUCCCUACAAUGCAUUAUUACCGAAACGUGAAACACAAGCAUCAAUAUUUUUAACAAAAUAUCCAUCAUAUGAUGGUCGUUCAGUACGUAUGGCUAUUUUUGAUUCAGGUAUUGAUCCUGGUGCACCAGGUUUAACCGUAACCAGUGAUGGACAACCAAAAAUUAUCGAUAUGAUUGAUGCAACCGGUGCUGGUGAUGUUGAUACAACAACAAUUGUUGAACCAGAUUCUGAUGGUUAUAUUAUCGGUUUAACUAAACGUAAACUUAAGAUUCCAAAUGAAUGGAAAAAUCCAUCCGGAAAAUAUCAUAUUGGUGUGAAAAAUAUUUAUGAAUUAUUUCCAACCACUGUACGAUCACGUAUAAAAAAAGAUUAUCUGGAUAAAGAAUUUCUACCUAAACAUAAACCAUUAUUGGCCGAUGCUUUAAAACGUUAUGAAUUAUUUUGUCAAAAACAUUCGAAUGAUGAAAUUAUUGAAAAUCAACAGGAAAGAAUUCGUAUUAUGCUUGAACGUGAAGAAUUAAAAUCACAAAUUGAUUUAUUAAAAGAUGCACAGGCAAAAAUUUCCGAUCUUGGUCCUACAUUUGAUUGUAUUGUUUUUUUCGAUGGUCAAUAUUGGAAAGCCUGUAUCGAUACAACUGGUGAAGGACGAUUAAAUGAUUGUAUUGUUUUAGGUAAUUAUCGUGAAUGUCAUCAAUAUGGUACCAUUUCGGAUCGUGAUAAAUUUAAUUAUUCGGUUAAUAUUUAUGAUGAUGGAAAUCUUUUGGAAAUUGUUGGCCAAUCUUCAAGUCACGGGACACAUGUUGCAUCAAUUGCUGCAGCAAAUUUUCCCAAUGAUCCGGAUCGAAAUGGUGUUGCACCGGGUGCACAGCUUGUAUCGAUUGUUAUCGGUGAUAAUCGUCUUGGUACAAUGGAAACUGGUUCGGCUAUUAUUCGUGCAUUUAUCAAAGCUAUUGAAUCUGGUUGUGAUGUAAUUAAUAUGAGCUAUGGUGAACCUGGUCAUUGGGCCGAAGGUCGUGUAUUCGAUCUGGUUAAUGAUUUGAUCAAUAAACAUGGUCUUAUCUAUGUUGUGGCAGCUGGAAAUGAUGGACCAGCUUUAUCAACACUUGGUGCAUUAUCAUCAAUGCAAUCCGAUAAGAUAAUUAGUGUUGGUGCUUAUGUUACACCUGAUAUGAUGGAAGCUGAAUAUUCAAUGUUGGAAAAAUUACCCGGAUCAUCAUAUUCAUGGACAUCACGUGGUCCGGCUAGUAAUGGUGCACCAGGUGUUUCGGUUUGUGGUCCAGGUGGUGCAAUUACAUCCGUACCGAAUUGGACACUGAAAAGUGGUGUACUAAUGAAUGGUACAUCGAUGGCAUCACCAAAUGUUUGUGGUUGUAUUGCAUUAUUAUUAUCGGCAUGUAAACAACGAUCAAUACCAUAUACACCAUAUUCAAUACGAAUGAGUUUGGAAAAUACUGCAUUGAAAGUUGCAAAUUUUGAACCAAUAUCACAUGGUAAUGGUUUAGUACAAGUGGAAAAAGCUUUUGAUUUUCUAACCACUUAUCAACAACAGCUUAAUAAUGAACGUAAUAUUCAAUUUCGAAUCACUUGUAACAGUGAUGGACAAUCAUCAUCAUCAUCGACUAAUGCAUUAGGAAUUUAUCUUCGUGAAUUUGAACAAACAAGAAAACCAUCAAUGCAUACAAUAACAAUAACACCGGAAUUAUUUCAAGAUAAAAAUCAAGAUGAUAAGAUAAAUUUUGAAAUGAAUUUCAAUCUAAUCUGUACGGAAACAUGGAUAAAAUGUCCAAAAUAUUUUAAUCUAACAUAUGGUUCACGUUCGUUUAUGGUACGUAUUGAUCCUAGUUCAUUAGUGGAUGGUCAAUAUUAUCAAACAUGGAUUGAAGCAUAUGAUGUAAAAUGUAUUGAAAAAGGAUCAUCGUUUAAGAUUCUUGUUACAGUUAUUAAACCGUUGAUUAUUGAAAAUGAUCGAUAUCAAUUUACUGAACAUUUUCGUGCUGGUUAUUUUAAACGUUUGUUUAUCAAUGUACCAGAUAAUUCAACAUCAGCACGUAUCGUAAUACGUAAUAAUCAUACAACCGAAAUUGGAAAAUAUGUUCUUCAUAUUCAUCAAUUACCUGCACAAAAAAGUUAUAGGGAUUAUGAUUUUUUUAAAUAUUUUUCCAUUCAACCAUCAUCAAAUAUUUGCUAUAAUUUUGAUGUAAUCGGAUCGUUAACAAUGGAAAUUUGUUUCGGUAAAUGGUGGUCUUGUUUAUUCAAUAAUGAAACCAGUGUUGAAUUGGAAUUUUAUCGUAUCAAUAUAAUUAAUGAAUAUCAAACGGGUAACGGUAAUUUGAUUGCAAGUAAUUGUAUUAAACGUAUUGAUUUAAGAAAUUUCGGUCAACAACCAAUGAAAAUUAAUCCAUCAUUAAAAUUUAAAACAUUUAUUCAUUCGAUUAAACCAUUGGAAUCAAAAAUUCGACCAUUACUUGAUUGUCGUGAUAAAUGGCCAGAAGGAAAAAUUAUCUAUGAAAUAAUAUUGACUUAUUCGCUUAAAUUGACAAAAAACAGUGAUUGUCGUAUAUCGUUUCCAUUAUUUUCGGAUAUACUUUAUGAAUCACCAUAUGAAUCACAAUUAUGGAUGCUGUUUGAUUCGAAUAAACAACAUUUAGCAUCGGGUGAUGCUUAUCCUGAAAAGUAUAAUAUAAAAUUGGAUAAAGGUGAAUAUAAAAUAUUGUUACAAAUUCGUCAUGAAUCGAUUAAACAAUUGGAACAUGUACAAGAAUUACCAAUACAAAUUAUACAUAAAUUACGUGAUACAAUCACAUUGCCAAUUUAUUCAUCAAAUUAUCAGGCAAUUAUUGGUAAUGAUAGUAAAAAAUUGACAAAUAUUUUAUUACCAACAAAUAUUACUGUACCGAUAUUUAUAUCGAAUAUUAUGAAUGGAUCAUGUUUGAUUGGUUCGAAAUCUAUACCAAUCAAAUCAUCUAUGAUGGGAAUAUUUCGUGGUAAUAUUUCAAUUCAAACGAAUCAAAAUAGUAGUAAUAAUAAUGAUCAACAACAACAAGCAUUAUUUAUGAAAAAUUUUCCAAUCGAAUUGAUAGUUGAUUGUGAUGGAUCGAAUUCGGUUUCGAAUCAGAAUAAUAAUAAAAAUAAACAAUCAACAACUCCGACAACAACAACAACAACAACAACAACAACGGAUUCAACAACAACAACAACAGAUUCAACAAAAUCAUCAACAUCGAAUGAUGAUAAAGAUUUGAAUGAAAUUCGUAUUGGUCUUGUCAAUAAAUUGGAUAAAAAUUGUCAACGAAAAUAUUUGGAAUCAUUGGAAUCAGAUAAUAAUGUUGCUUGUGAUCCACAAUUUUUGUUAGCCAAAUUACAAUUACGUUAUCAGGAACCGAUUAAAAAUCCACAUUCAAAAAUAAUAUGUGAAACUGAUGAAGCUUCAAAAACUACUAAAGAUGAUAAACAUGAUAAUGAUAUUGUUGGUGGUGGUGAUGAUCAUGAAUGGCUUUGUUCUAAAGAAAAAGAACUAUUAAAUCAAAUUGAAAUGGCGGAUAAAAUUCUUGAACCAAUAAUCAAAGAUUUUCUAAACACAUAUACAACAUUUAAAUUGGAUAACAAACGAAUUCUUGUUUCACAAUCACAGGCUAAAAUAACGGAAAAAACUAAAUCAAUAGUAAUGGAUACAUUGAUUAUUAAAGGUAUACAGCUUUGUCGUUUGAUUAAACAUCGUCGUCAUUAUCAUUCGAAUGUUGAAAUUCCUGGCAAAUUUUCUGAAAAUAUUGAAGAUGUUUAUGGAAAAUUAUCAUUAUUAGUGGAUAAUAUUUAUAAUGAUUCGAAAACAUUGCCAUUUGCACAGAAACAUUUACUUCUUCAUGGACAUUAUGCUCGAUUCAUUAAGAUUGCACUUAAGCAGUCGGAUGAUUCAUCAUCAUCAUCAACAACUGUAAACAACAAUGAAAGUGGUGGCUGUAAUAAUGAAGAUGAUCCAUUUUGGACCAACAAAAUGGAUACCGAACAUCGAAUAAUACAAGCAUUCAAACAGCUUGGUUGGCAUCAUUUGGCUGGUCAUUUGGAACGACAAAUUCAUGUGAAAUUUCCAAAUUCUUAUCGAAAAUUCUAAUACAAAUCGAUCGAUAAUGAUUCGAUCUUUUUUUUCUAAUCGCUUUUUUAUUUUAAUAAAUUUUAAAAAAAGAAAAAUGAAAUAAAAUUUUUAUUAAAUGAA